AUGUCAGUCAGCCCAGACGCCGGCGUCUGGGGUGCACUGCUCCAUUCCUGCAAAUUCCAUGGAAACAUCGAGCUUGGUGAACUUGCGUUAGAGAAGUUGACUGAGCUCGAACCAGAUGAACCUGGAAACUACGUGAUCAUGUCGAAUAUUUACGCGCAAGUCGGGCGGUAUUCAGGGGUGGAAAAGCUUCGGGAGCUAAUGACAAAACGGGAACUUAAAAAGGAUGUCGCGUGUAGUUGGAUUGAAGUCAACAAUAAAAUCAACGCAUUUCUUUCGGGGGAUACGAGUCAUCCGUUGUCCGAUGAGAUAGAUGCGGAAUUGAAAAGGGUUGAAAAGUUGAUGAGUGAAGCGGGAUAUGUUCCUAACACUACACCAGUGUUUCAUGAUGUGGAGGAUGAUGAGAAGAUGGGGAUGGUGUGUAGGCAUAGUGAGAGGCUAGCGAUUGCGUUUGGGUUGAUUAGUACACCACCUCAGAGUAGACUUUUGAUCACGAAAAAUCUUCGGGUUUGUGAGGAUUGUCAUGUUGCAAUUAAGUUUAUAUCCAAGAUUACUAAGAGGGAGAUUGUAUGUAGAGAUUUAAAUCGGUACCAUCAUUUUAAAGAUGGUGUGUGUUCUUGUGGGGAUUAUUGGUGA